CUUUCAUCCAGUCAGAUGGCAUCAUAGAAAUGCUACGUUUUGAUGAAGGAGACCUAUUGCAGACUGAGACAACUUUAGGCCUCAGUUCAUAUCAACAGAAAAGUGUAUCCCUGUAUCGGGGAAAUUGCCGACCUCUCCGGUUUGAGCCACCAAUGCUGGAUUUCCAUGAACAGCCAGUUGGAAUGCCAAAAAUGGAAAAAGUUUACCUACAUAACCCUAGCUCAGAAGAAACAAUUACAUUAGUAUCAAUAUCUGCUACGACGUCACAUUUUCAUGCAUCAUUUUUCCAAAAUAGGAAAAUUCUUCCAGGAGGGAAUACAUCCUUCGAUGUAGUUUUCCUUGCAAGAGUAGUGGGAAAUGUAGAGAACACUUUAUUUAUUAACACUUCUAAUCAUGGGGUAUUUACUUAUCAGGUGUUUGGCAUUGGAGUUCCGAACCCCUAUCGACUGCGCCCGUUUAUUGGGGCACGAGUUCCUGUAAAUAGCAGUUUUUCUCCUAUAAUAAAUAUACAUAACCCUCACAGUGAACCUUUGCAGGUGGUAGAAAUGUACUCCAGUGGAGGGGAUCUCCAUUUAGAGCUUCCCACAGGUCAGCAGGGAGGAACAAGGAAGCUAUGGGAAAUACCUCCCUACGAAACAAAAGGAGUGAUGAGAGCCAGCUUUUCUUCAAGAGAAGCAGAUAAUCACACAGCCUUCAUCAGAAUAAAAACAAAUGCCUCAGACAGCACAGAAUUUAUCAUUCUCCCUGUUGAAGUAGAAGUUACAACAGCACCAGGAAUCUAUUCAUCAACAGAAAUGCUAGAUUUUGGUACACUGAGAACACAAGAUCUGCCAAAAAUUUUGAAUCUGCAUUUAUUAAAUUCAGGAACAAAAGAUGUGCCAAUUACAAGUGUUAGACCUACACCACAGAACGAAGCUAUAACAGUACAUUUCAAGCCAGUUACGUUAAAAGCCUCUGAAAGUAAAUACACCAAAGUCGCAAGUAUUAGCUUUGAUGCAUCAAAAGCAAAAAAGGCAUCACAGUCUUCUGGAAAAAUAACUGUUAAAGCAAAAGAGAAGAGCUACUCCAAACUUGAAAUACCUUAUCAAGCAGAAGUGUUGGAUGGGUAUUUAGGAUUUGAUCAAAACACUCUUUCACUGACAGUGCUGCUGAUUCUUCGUAACAUUGAUCUUUGUUGUUCACUGAUCUCUGAUUCUGUGGAGAGGCUCAUCUACCUAACCAACACGUUCAGUUUUGCAGUCCUUAUACAUGAUGUUGUGUUACCAGAAGAAGCAAAACCAAUGUUUAAAGUCCAGAACUUCAGUAAACCAGUCUUAAUUCCACCUAAUGAAUCCAGAUAUAUUUUUACACUUCGUUUUAUGCCUUCCACAUCAUCUGUUCAUGUAGACAACAACAUUUUACUUAUCACCAAUGCUUCUAAAUUUCACCUACCCGUUCGAGCCUACACAGGAUUUCUAGAUUACUUUGUACUGCCUCCAAAAACUGAGGAGCAAUUUAUAGAUUUUGGCAUACUGAGUGCGACAGAAGCUACCAGCAUUUUAUUUGCAGUCAUCAACAGCAAUCCAAUCGAGCUGGCUAUAAAAAGUUGGCAUAUUAUAGGGGAUGGUUUGGCUGUAGAACUGCUAACAACAGAAAAGGGAAACAGAACGACGAUAAUUGCAAACCACCACGAGCUACAAAAUGCUACUGCAUCUGAUCAGUCUUCAGUGAUCCUAGCAUCAGGCUAUUAUGCUGUGUUCAGAGUCAAUCUGACAGCAAAAGAACUCGAAGGAAUUCAUGAUGGAGCUGUACAAAUCACAACAGAUUAUGAGAUUUUAACUAUACCAGUGAAGGCAGUGAUUGCUGUAGGCUCAUUGACCUGUUCCCCAAAACAUGUUUUUCUUCCACCUUCUUUUCCG